AGAAAUAGCUCUUCAGUGUCCCUACACCAUUACAAGUGUAAUGACUUGUAUUUAUUAGCAUAAUAUAGCUUUAAUUGAGCUAUAAUUACUAGUAAAUAGACACUGGCAGUUAUACAUAUCUUAAGUGUUAUCUAGUGGAAGGGAUUAAAACAUCACUUACCCUGGAAAUGUAACUUCAUGGAGUCAAGACAAUGAAACUGAUCAGGAAAAGAAGAAAUGGCAAUAAAGAGGGCAACCAUCAUUCCCCCCAGCCCAAAAGGAGUAAGAGAAGCCCUGUCUUUCAGGAUUCUCGAGAUACAGAGUUUUCAUGCAAUGAUAAGGAAAGGAGCAGCAGCUACAUUAAUAUCCCAGAGAGAGGAAAUGGACCAGAAGGCAACUUAAACCAGAUUGUUACUGAACCCAAUACAAACAUUCCCCAGUUCUUGCACGAGGGGUAUGCACCAUGCCAAGGUCUUUAUUCCCACAUCAACCAGAUCUUGAAGGAGGCUCACUUCAACAGCCUGCAGCAGCGAGGACAAGCUCCAGCAUGAUGAACUAGGACUUCCUUAUUCCAACCUAACCUGUGCUUAUAAAAGCAAUUGCAUACACACCAAAAAAAGUCUAUUGGUUUUUAAGUCUGUAUUUUAAAUAACAAGUUAAUGGGCAAUUGUUUAAUUGGAGUUUUACUGAACUAUUGCAAUUUUAAACGGGCCAUGAAUAAAUUUUUAUGGGAUUGUUUUCAA